UUGACAACUCAACUUUUUUAAAUUCUUAUCUUCUCACCAUAACGAAAGUUACGUAGCGAAAACAUUAUUUCGGCACUCCGAAUAAUUAUUACCAUACUUUGUGUUGUUUGAAUAAAUCUGCUGUAAAAAUUUGCCGAAUUUUUCCAGUCAUAAAGGAUGGACAUCCUCGCUGGUCAAAAUCUUGUUAACAAAAGCAGAAGCAUUAUAUCUGCUGAUGAAGCAUUAAAUGACAAGGAUAUUAUAGCUUUCUACUUUUCUGCUCAUUGGUGUCCACCUUGUAGAAUGUUCACCCCAGUAUUAGCAGAUUUUUAUGAAGAAGUCAAGGACAAGGAUCUUCCAUUCGAAAUUGUUUUUGUAUCCUCUGACAGAUCUGAAGAUGCCUUAUUUGAUUACAUGAGUGAAGCACAUGGGGAUUGGUUAGCUGUGCCUUAUGGCUCUACUGCAGUAGAUCAACUUAAAAAGAAAUUCAAUGUUCAAGGUAUUCCAAUGCUUAUUGUCACUAGGAAAGAUGGAACUGUUAUUACAACAAAUGGAAGGUCAGAUGUUGAAAAUAAAGGAGUCAAGGCUUUCACAGAUUGGAAUAAAUAAAGCUUUUAAGGCAUGAAAUAUACAAAUGAAUAUAUAUAAAAGUUGAAAUGGCUGGUUUAUAGUUACAUAUUUCAAAGCAAUAAUUCUUUUGGAUAUUUAAUUAGUAUAAUAGAAGCCAAUGAGUCAAAUGUGUUCAUGCUGCUAAAACAAUAUUUUUAAGAUAAUGUUUUAAAGUAAUUUGUAAUAUAUUUAAAUACAACCUUUACAAGGGAAAUAUUUUUACAGAAUAUCUAUUGUUUGUUGGAUUUCAGAGUUUUUUUUUUUUUUUUUUUUUAAGUUCAGGCGAAUUAUCUUGUUUGUGCAGAUUAUAUCUGUGAAUUUUGAUUUAAUGUUUUCUGUAUUGUUAUUGAAUAAAAGUUUUUGUAUACUGA